AUGCCAACCCGCGUGACCAAGGCCCCUACCCUUUGGCCAGGCAAAUACUCUGCCAUGCUCGCCAAAACUCUUGAAGAUGAAGCUAGAGCAGAAAAAAGCGCUCACCAUGAAGAUGCGAUUGAAUGUCAAUCUGAAUCCUCGGGGUCAACUCACACGGAGUGUGAAGGCGCACUGCCUGGCAAGGAUGAUCAAUUUGGAAGCCGUCAUGGCAGCAAGCCUCUACGCAAACCCGAUCGAGAAACGGAACUGGUCGAUUCGUCACCAUGCAGACUGUACCAGCCUACAAAUCUUGCGAACAACCGAUCUACAGGGCAAGUGAAGCCAGGACCUUUCAAAAGUUUAUCCAAGAGAGAGGAGCAGAUGGAACGAUACAGAAAAUCGGAAAGCAAGGUUACUAAACGACUAAUCAAGAAAGGAUUGGCUAGGGAUAUCGAAAUUCUGAAGAGCGAGGUGGAGGAUCUUAAACAAAUGGUUAUCGCUCAGCAGCCAUCCCUGUCUGAGCGACGCAAGAGAAAGCGAGUCUCUUUCCAAGACGAUGUCAGCUAA